ACCAUUUCAGACGUCAGUCUGAAAUUAAACCUAAAUAAUCAGUCACGGCUUAAUGAGUCGCUCAAAAUAUAAAUCUGUGCAUAAAACCCUUCAAAAUGAAUUGUGAAUUACACGAAUAUGAAGUGCAUAAUGUCGUGUAUACCUAACGCAUAUUGGCCAAUUAUUUUCGGGCUUUUCCUAGUUACUACAUUGUUCGUUUCUCAAACAGAUUGUCAACGUCUACUGGAAUAUGAGCAAAUUUUAGUCGUUCUUUCAUUUUCUGGUCUUUCUCAAGAUUAUUUGAAGGGUAACUUUUUACCUUAUCUGUUGCAGCUAGCUGAAAGCGGGGUUAUGACUGAUGUGGGGGUACAACCAGUUUUCCCGACGAAAGCCCUACCAAACCAAUUCUCGUAUGCCACAGGGUUGUAUACAGAAACUCAUGGAGUAACAGCCGACGUUAUUUAUGACGAAAAACUGGAUAGAGUCCUUAACGGUUCGAGAGAAACGUAUCAGAGCAACCCAGGUGUUUUACCAAUUUGGAUCCUAAAUGAAAUAGAGGGGGGAACUUCUGGCUGCAUGAUGUGGCCAGGAUCAGAAUUUUCUUACGCCGGAAGAUCAUGUACCUAUCACGUGCCUUUCGAUGAAAAUACCAGUUUAUUGGAAAAGUUUACAACUGUCCAAAGCUGGUUGGCAGACCGAAGAAAUCCACCUAAUUUAAUCAUGGUUUACUCCAAUGAAUUAGAGAAAAUAAGUAAUAUAUAUGGGUCACAUUCUGCAGAGGUGAGAAGGGCCUGUUUAGAUAUUGAUGAUAAUAUACGCCAUCUUCUAGAUGGAGCAGGGCAUUGGUCGUUGAGAAGACGAAUUAAUUAUAUGAUUUUGGGGGAUCACGGAUCCGCAUCCGUAGAGAUGGAAAGCUUUCUGAAUCUUACAAAGUAUCUUGAUGGGAUUCCACAUAAUAUUUAUGGUCGAUCAGCUAUUUUGCAAGUUGUUCCCGAAAAAGGUCAAAUUGACACGGCAUACCAGAAACUGAAACAGGCCCAAAAAGAAGUGGGGCAUUUUGAUGUCUUCAAGCAAAACGAAUUUCCAGGGCGUUGGCAUGCAAACCAUUAUCGAGCUGGGCCAAUCCUUCUGCUUGCACAUUACGGGUAUGCAUUUCAAGAUAUGUUUGAAAUAAUUGAAGAGUAUAUGGAUAAAUAUGGAGUAAAAGAUUUCGACUAUGGUAUUUUUGGUUACGAUAACAACAUUACAUCCCUUUAUGGAACGUUCAUUGGAAUUGGGCCGUAUUUUCGAAAAGCACAUAGGCUUCCUUACAUGCAAGCAGUGGAUGUGUUUCCGCUAUUUUUACAUAUUCUGGGUCUAGAUCCGACUCGUCCUAAUAACGCAACAGACUUGCGUCAAGAAGUUUUGAAAGGGGUAUCGAUUGCAGUUAUUGCCGUUCUGAUCACAGCAUUGGUGGCACUGCUUAUAGGAGCUGCGGUGGCUUUAUACUUCUUUAUUCCAAAUGAAGGUCGCAGGGAUAUGAUUGUGUGGUCCUGAAAGAUUGUAGUCUAAUUUUAUGUUACAGACUGAGAAUAUGUACUGAAUAUUAUGAAUUUAAGUAUAAAAUACAUAGAAUUUU